AUGAAGAUCACUAGGCAAGCCAAAGUUCCAAUUUCAAUCGGCCCCUACAAAGAGGAUGUCCUUUGUGAUGUUACUCCGAUGACCGCAUGCCAUGUGCUUCUUGGCCGACCAUGGCAAUCCGAUAAAGGAAUUAUCUAUGAUGGCAAGACUAACAAAGUUAGAUUUUAUGACAAGGGCUACAAGGUAAUGAUUCCUUUUUCGCCAUUGAAGGAGGUUCGAAAAGAUCAAGAAAGUUUGCGAAAGAAGAUGCAAGAGGCUGAAAGCCUUAAAAGAGCUAAAGGAAAAGAAGUAUCCACAGAGGAAAAGAGAGAGUCUACUGCUAAGGGUUCCAACAUCCUUCUUUCACUUACCGAUUUUCAGAGAGAAGUUGGUGAUCAUCAAAAGGGGGGUUGUUUUAUGUUGUUAUGCAAAGAUUUAUUUCAUUCUGAUAAAGAUAAUCUACUCACUAAUUUUCCCAUUCCCUUUGCUAGGAUGCUUGAAGAGAUGAAGGAUGUAUACCCGGAGGAACUACCGCAAGGACUACCGCCCAUUCGUGGGAUAGAGCAUCAAAUUGACUUCGUACCCGGUGCUUCGAUCCCAAAUCGUCCUGCGUAUCGGUGCAACCCAGAUGAGAAUAAGGAGAUUCAAAAACAAGUCCAAGAACUUCUUGAGAAGGGAUGGGUUCGGGAGAGCUUAUCACCAUGUGCUGUUCUUGUUAUCAUUGUCUCCAAGAAGGAUGGAACUUGGAGGAUGUGUGUGGAUUGUAGAGCGGUGAAUGCGAUUACAAUUAAGUAUCGACACCCAAUCCCGCGCCUUGAUGACUUGCUUGAUGAGAUCAAUGGGGUGAGAAUCUUCUCCAAGAUUGACCUUCGGAGUGGAUACCACCAGAUUCUAUACUUUGAUGAUAUUCUUGUCUACAGUAAAAGUGAAAAUGGAACAUGUGGAGCAUUUAGCGAGGAUGGCUUGAAGGUUGAUGAAACAAACUUGAUCGCUGCUCCUCUCACGUCCUUGCUCAAGAAGGGAGUCCCAUUUAAAUGGGAGCAAGCACACCAAGAAGCGUUUGAGACAUUGAAGGCAAAGCUUACUCAAGCACCAGUACUUGCGCUACCAAUUUUGAGAAGACCUUUGAGCUUGAGUGUGACGCUUCGGGCAAAGGCAUGGGUGCAGUUUUGCUUCAAGAAGGUCGACCCAUAG